AUGAAAGACCGGCUAAAUGAGCUACGUGAAUUUGCCCGGUUACACAACCAACAGUUUUCUGAUAUUGAGGAUGACGAAAAUUCACCCCAAGAUGUUCUCCUUUAUGAGACUGAUUAUGCCUUGGAAAUUCUUCAUAAAGACAUACAGAACAUCCGGACAGAAAAUGACCACCUAAAAGAGGAUGUCAAGCGGCUCAGAAAGCAAAACAGCCGCUUCCUUACUUCCAUGCGCCGUCUUAGUAGCAUCAAACGAGAUACUAAUUGUAUUGCCAAAGACAUCAAGGCCCGUGGAGAAAGCAUCCACAGGAAACUCCAGAUAAUGAGAGAUUUCAGCGAAGAUGCAAUAACAAAAUACGGAGCUAUGUCUGUCGUUGCCAGGGUAGCGAAGAACCACUACGUUGACCUCAUGCACGCCUUUCAGGAAGCUAUGUUUGAAUACAAUGCAACAGAGAUGAACCAACGGGAGAACUGCAAGAUUCGAAUUCAGCGGCAGCUAGAGAUCAUGGGCAAAGAUGUUUCUGGCAACCAGAUUGAGGAGAUGAUUGAGCAAGGCAAGUGGGACGUCUUCUCUGAGAAUCUCUUGUCGGAUGUUAAGGGGGCUCGCUCAGCCUUGAAUGAGAUAGAGACACGUCAUAAGGAGCUGGUGAAGUUAGAAGGCCGCAUUAAGGAAAUUCACGAGCUCUUUCUGCAGGUGGCCCUGCUAGUGGAGGAACAGGCGGACACCUUCGAUGUCAUUGAGAUAAAUAUGCAAAAUGUUGAGGACUAUGUAGGAGAAGCUAAAGAGCAAGUGAAGAAAGCUUUGGAGUACAGAAGAAAAAACCCCCUCAGAACUAUCCUCUGCUGCUGCUUAUCCUGUUGCAGAAGGCAACUAUCCCACUGA